CAAACAUCUCGACCUCCCGGUAUUCUGCGUAUCUUAAACUUCAUUUUAAAACCCAAAGCUGCCAGAUCGACUGGGCAUUGAUUUGUGGCAUGUUUUGGUUGUUUUUAGCUGAUGUUCUCUCGGCAGCUAUUGCCUCCCUGGUGGUUUCUCCUUUGGUCUACUACAUCGAUGGAACUGUGGUGACAAAGGCUUCUACGGGUGGUUCAUUAUUGUCGAGUUUUCAAACAUUCAUUAAAGAAUCGGCGGCCUCGCCGUUGCGCCUCCUGAAAUCGCAUGCAUUUUUUCUCCUCUGGCUUGUCUACUUAGGAACUUAUUCAACUGCGAAUUGCAUCGAUACUGUUUAUGCGAAGACGCAUUCACUUCCGCCAACAUCAGUUACAGGAACACCUCUCAAAUUCAUUGCCACCACGAUCGUUAGUACAGCAAUCUGCGUGUACAAAGAUGGUUAUUUCGCAAGGCUGUAUGGCUCUUCCGUGCGCAGCGAUCCUGUUCCUGCUAUAAGCUACGCUUUGUUUGUGACACGAGAUGCUGUCACCGUCUUUGCAUGUUUUAUCUUCCCUUCAGUUGCUGCGCCAUACGCAACGAGACUCAGCAUAGGCGCUGGAGCCCCAUUUCAAUAUCUGUUUGGGAGCGAAACUGCGAGUUUGAGAACCAUGCAGUUAUUGUCACCCGCUGGUGUCCAAUUUAUCAGUACGCCCUUCCAUUUGAUGGGACUGGAAAUGCAUAAUCGACGUUCACGAGUGGGCUUGAGGCGACGGUUCGCCGUUCUAAGACGAGACAUGCCUGCUGCCGUUGCUCUGAGAAUGCUGAGAAUUGUUCCAGCAUUGGGAUUGGGGAAUGUUUUGAAUGUUGCAUUGAGGGCGAAUUUGAUUGGAGGCACGCAGUAGAAGCAUGACCAAGGAAACCCAAGAUCUUCAUCACGGCUAGUAGCAGAGGAUAAACCCGAUCAUUGGAUCUGUCUUUAGCUUAUAAUUAUAAAUACAUAACAUAAAUCUCAUAACAUCACUAUGUCAGCUAUCGGCAUUCAUAUGUUUAGGGGCUACAAUGGGCGCCAAUGAUUGGCGCUGUUGAAUACAUACUCUCGCAUUUAGAAGCCUCUAUAGUAG